UGGAGAAGUUCUCAACUUGCCAUCACCUUGUCUCCAGCCCCUUUUAAAGAGGAAGAAAAUAAAAAGAAAUUAAACAACAGAGCAAGAAGAGGGAGAAAGAAAAACUGGAGCACAAGAAGGAAAAUGAUGUGAAAUAAAGGAAGAAAAACUAGUUGGAUUUUCAAAAAUCCAAUUAAUUAAGGCUAACUGCAGAUGAUUUAAAGCUCUGAAUGUCUUAAGAGGAUGUUGAACUUAAACAGAAGAGAAUCUGAAGAAGAAAAGAUAAACUUGGAUCAUCAUCCUGCUAACUAUGAUCUUGAUGAGAAAUCUGAUCUCAAAUAUGUUGAUUGGGUCACUUUCAAGAGCCAUUCCUCCAAAAAAGUUAGAAUCUCUCUACCCAAAUCCUCGAGAGCUGAAAAUUCUAGUAGAGAACCUCAGGAUGCAGAUUAUCCCUCUCUCAACUAUCAGGUCGAGGGCUUGAUUCUAGCCAGGUUUCCGAGGUGGGAAUAUUGGAAACUUUGCCUCGUAAACAAGAGAUGUUCGAUGCUUCUAAAGAGCGGUGAGAUAUUUGAGAUUCGUAAAGAGAUUGGAUUUAAAGAACCUUCAGUAUUCAUGUUGGCAAGUGGGGAGACUAACUGGUGGGCGUUUGAUCGAGAGUUCAAGUACCGGAGGAAAUUGCCCGAUUUACCAUCAGAUGAGUGCUUCCCAUUUAGUGAUAAGGAAUCACUUUGUGUAGGCACACAUUUGCUUGUUUCGGGCAGGGAAAUCGAUGGUCUCGUUAUUUGGAGGUUCGAAUUAGCAACAAAUAGUUGGCACAAAGGUCCCUCUAUGGUUAAUCCGAGGUGUUUAUUUGCAUCAGCAACUUGUGGUACCACUGCUUUUGUUGCUGGUGGUGUUGGUAUUAUGCCGAAUAGUGAGGUCUAUGACACGGCUGAGAGAUACAACCCCGAUAGUAGAUUGUGGGAGCCACUACCGAGGAUGAAGAGGAAUAGAAAACUUUGUUCAGGAUGCUACAUGGACAACAGAUUCUACGUGAUCGGGGGAAGGAAUAAGAACGGUGAGUUAACGUGUGGAGAAUUCUUCGACGAGGCUAAGAACAAAUGGGAGCUGAUUCCGGACAUGUUGAAGGAUGAUCCGGUACAGGACUACCAUUCACCGCCCCUCCUUGCUGUCGUGAAUAACGAGCUAUACUCGCUCGAGGCUUCUUCGAAUCAGCUUAAGGUUUACUUGAAAAAAACCAACACUUGGAAACAGUUAGGGCCAGUUCCAGUACGAGCUGAUUCAAACAGGGGAUGGGGCAUUGCAUUCAAGUCACUGGGGAAUGAACUUCUAGUAAUAGGAGCUGCUUUAACAUCAGUGUCUUAUUCUGGUAAUUCCAUGGCUAUAUAUACUUGCUGUCCUGAUCCUGAGGCAAUGGAGUUGCAGUGGAAACCACUUGACAGUGGUCGAAAUCGACUUAGUAGUUUUAUCUUAAACUGUUCAGUCAUGGUAGCUUGAAUAAUACAACCCUUUAUAUUAUGAUCAAGAUAUAAGUGGCAAUGCCACUGGUUUCUUAUAUUUGCUUGCAUAUAUUCACUAGUGCUUGUGCUCUGUUUAUAAUGCUUUGGGAUACUACUUGCUUUGUUUUAUGUAAUUUGCAAUUAUGUUGCAUGAUUAUGAUUUUUAUGGA